AACCAAACACGGUCGGGUUCAGACCGCGACCUUCAGGGCCCGGUCGCGACCUUCAGGGCCGGGGUCACGGUGCCGCCCCCCUGGUUACUGGGUGACGGGUUCUCUGAGCCAAUGAUUGACGGAUGAUGUCACCGGAGGGCAGCAGACGCUCGCCCACAGAACAAGGUUCUCCGUGUCUGCAGCGGAACGUUGGAUCAACGAGAUGAGGGCUUCGGUUCUCCUGCUGCUUCUCCUGGUUCGGAGCUCUGAAUCGCAAAGCUAUCAGCCCAAAUAUGAUACUCCAAACCACAUGGAGCAGAAAGCACAAGUCCCAGAGGUACCACAAGACCCCCCCUCAACCCCCCUGGUGACCAGCCUGGACCCCAUGGACCCCACAGACCCCAAGGACCCCAUUGACCCCAAGGACCCCAUGGACCCACCAUCCUCCAAGGAUCCCACAGUCCCCACGACCCCCCCGGCCUCUGAAGCACCCAAGGAAGACGAGUUUGUGGGUCCAGCCGAGUGUCUGCAAAAGAAGUUGACCCGUGCGUCAUGUGACCUGGUGUUUUGCCCUCCGUGGCAGCGCUGCACUGAGGGACGCUGCUCCUGCAAACCCCCGUACAUGUGUCCGGUCAGGGGGGAAGACACGGUCUGUGGGCUGGACCACCGGACCUACCGCUCCUACUGCCAGGUGAUGGCGGUGUCCUGCCUGAAGAAGGGAUCGGCCAUGUCACACUUCGGGGGGCGUUGUGAAGCGAGUCGUCCCAAGUUCAGCAGCAGCGUGGACGUGGCCUCCGGGGUCGUCACGCUCUUCCUCCCUGACGCCGAGGGUCCCGGAGGGGGGGAGAACCUGCUGGUCUGCCCGAAGCUCUGGAACAUGGCGGCCGCCAACGUGGCUUGCAAGAACAAGGAGAACCUACUCGGAGCAGUGACGGCCUACAAGAGAAACAACACUGACGUCAGUAAGUUGCCAAACCGCUGCGUUAGCGUCCGCUGCCAAGGUUACGAGACGUCGCUCGCCGAGUGCGUGAUCUACGACAAGCGAUCCGUUCACCGGAUGGUCGCCGCGGCAACGUGUCACACGGCGUCGUUGGCGCAGCGCGACUGCGGCUUCAGGUGCGCCAACACGAAGUGCGUCUCCGAGGACCAGACCUGCAACGGGGUCGACGACUGUGGAGACCACAGCGACGAGAUGUGCUGCAAAAAAUGCAGGAACGGAAGCUUCCGCUGCCGGACGGGCGUCUGCAUCCCGGGAGACGCGCUGCGAGACGGACAGCAGGACUGUCUGGACGGAGCGGACGAGGCCCAGAAACCACGCCCACUCCCAGCAGUGAGCCAGACAGAGUACAUCUCUCCCAGAACACAAACCCGUGGGGACCGGGCCCUCCUGGUCUCCAGCCUGCUCUGUGGGGUCCCUAACUCCUCCACGGUGGACUCGGUGCAGAUGGAGGAGCGGCGCCGCUUCAGGAGGGUUGUGGGAGGAGUCCCGGCCAACCCGACUCAGAUCCAGUGGCAGGUCGCUCUGGUGGAGAACAGGAAGGUGGACUGUGGGGGGGCCUUCAUCGGGGGCUGCUGGGUCCUCACGGCGGCCCACUGCGUCAGGCCCAACCCCCGAGCCUUCAAGGUGAAGUUCUCUCUGUGGAAGAAGUUCGGAGUUCAGGGAACGACGGACAUCGUCCCGGUGGAGGAGGUCCUCAUCCACCCGAGGUACGACGCCAACACCUACGAGAACGACAUCGCCCUGGUGCGGCUGGAGCCCCUCCCCUUCCUGCCUCACUGCGUGGAGGACAACCCGGCCGUGAGCGCCGUGUGCGUGCCGUGGUCCGAGCGCCUGUUCACGCUCAACCACACCUGCAGCAUCUCCGGCUGGGGGCGGACCGCAGACGGCCGGGCGGCGCAGGUGCUGCUGUGGGCCAACGUGUCCCUCAUCGCCGACUGCCAGAGGUUCUACGGGGACCGCUUCAAGCCCGGCAUGAUGUGUGCGGGGGACCUGGACGGCAGCGUGGACUCCUGCCAGGGGGACAGCGGGGGGCCCCUGGUCUGUGAGGACGAGCUGGGCGUGUCCUACCUGUGGGGCAUCGUCAGCUGGGGGGAAAGGUGUGGUCACCCAGGGUUCCCUGGAGUUUAUACACAGGUGGCGCACUACUUUGAGUGGAUCCGGCUUCACACCGGCUGGCCGGCCGUCACCAGGUUCAACUCCUGAUCAGAUGAUUGAUCUGUACUCCAUUAAAUAUUUAAUUAAAUACUUCAUUAAAUACUUCUUGUCAGUC